GUGGAGAUCGUAGCAAGUGAGCAAGGGCUCUGGAGAGCAGUGAGCACCUGAGUCCCUAGCAUGGCGGGACUAAAGCGUCGGGCUAGCCAGGUGUGGCCCGAGGAACGGGGAGAGCAGGAACAUGGAUUGUACAGUCUACACCGAAUGUUUGACAUCGUGGGCACCCACCUGACGCACAGAGAUGUGCGUGUCCUCUCCUUCCUUUUUGUUGAUGUAAUCGACGACCAUGAGCAUGGCCUCAUUCGAAGUGGACGAGAUUUCUUGUUGGCACUGGAGCGCCAGGGCCGAUGUGAUGAAAGUAACUUUCGACAGGUGCUGCAGCUGCUACGAAUCAUCACCCGACAUGACCUGCUGCCCUAUGUCACACUCAAGAGGAGGCGGGCUGUGUGCCCAGACCUUGUAGACAAAUACCUGGAGGAAACGUCAAUCCGUUACGUGACCCCCAGAGCCCACAGUAACCCAGAGCCGGGACCUCCCCAAACCCCUAAAUCAGUGCCUCCCCACUAUCCUGUGGUGUGCUGCCCCAAUGCUGGCCAACAGAUGUGCAUCAAACGGCCAAUCAGAGGGAGAGCCACACUUGUAAGUCAGCGGAAGCGCCGGAAAUCUGUGACACCAGACCCCAAGGAGAAACAGACCUGUGACAUCAGGCUUCGGGUGAGGGCUGAGUACUGCCAGCAUGAGACGGCUCUGCAGGGCAAUGUCUUCUCAAAUAAGCAGGACCCACUUGAACGCCAGUUUGAGCGUUUCAACCAGGCCAACACCAUCCUCAAAUCCCGGGACCUGGGUUCCAUCAUCUGUGACAUCAAGUUCUCUGAGCUCACCUACCUCGAUGCCUUCUGGCGCGACUACAUCAAUGGCUCCCUCCUAGAAGCGCUCAAAGGCGUCUUCAUCACAGACUCACUUAAACAGGCCAUGGGCCAUGAGGCUAUCAAGCUGCUGGUGAAUGUGGAUGAGGAGGACUAUGAGCUGGGCCGACAGAAACUCCUGAGGAACUUGAUGCUGCAGGCACUGCCCUGACCCUCCUCUCAUCUUUCACAAAUCUUGGGGCUCAGCACCCACCUCUGGAGUUCACACACUGUUUGGGGUUUUCUCCAUACCCCUCCUGUCA